AUGGGCAGUUGGCAGACUGAUUCUUGGCAGUGGGAUUUUCACGUCGAUGCAGACGAAUUGCUGGGAAAUUUGGAAGCAACAUAUGAAGCUUUUCUAUUGAUUGAGUUGUUGACAAAUCUCAAGCCGGGCAUCAAUGUUAGUGAUUCUGUAAAGUGGUGGCCAAAUGUCGAUGGUCAGUUUUCGGUGAAAAGUUGUUACUCCUUCCUUCGUGAUAAAGAACUUGAGGAUGCGGUGGAGCCAACAGCACUAGCAUCUAUCAAUAGAAUAUGGAGGACAGAUAUUCCCUCAAAACUUAAGGUGUUUGGUUGGAGAGUUAUAUUUAAUAGACUCCCAACUAAAGACCAAUUGGUGAAGAGGGAUAUCAUUCACAGUGAUAUUGACAAACUUUGUGCUCUGUACUUGAAUGUGGAUAAAUAUUUAGAUCACUUGUUAUUUAAUUGCAUAGUAUCUAAGAAGGUAUGGUGUAAAAUCUUUGUUUGGCUAGAGUUACAGAAUAUGGAGGAAUUGGAAGGCAUAUAUCAUUUCAACCAAUUCAUUCAAGCUGUCUCGGGUAAGAUCAAAAAGAAGAAAUGUUGUUUAAUUUGCCUGGCCAUAAUUUGGACAAUCUGGAACAAAAGGAACGAAAUCAUAUUUAAUGAAGAGAUAUGUGAUAUUGACGAAAUCAUUUCGAGCAUCGAAGUCGUGUUGUGGAUUUGUCAAGAAACAGGCACGCUAAUAAGCUUAUCUGUUGCAUAUGAAAACACCUUAGGAAAUGCAUCAUUCAACGACUGA